AUGGGGAACAUCUUUCUGAAUUCCACUGUUCGUUUUGAUGUUGCUCUUGUUGCUGCUGCUGUUGGUGGUGAUGGUGAUGAUGAUGAUGUUGAUGAUUGUGAUGGUGAUAUUGGGGUGCUAGUGAUAGGCGAUUAUCCAUGCCAAUCAUCGUUCUUUUUUCAUCUCAAUAAGAACAGUAAUGCUUUUUUUGUUAGCAAUGCGUAUGCUUCAUUUUUUGUCUUUUUAUAA